AUGGCCGACGAUGUCAUAGCCGGCGUCGUCUCCAUCACUGGCUGUACCCCCGAAAUCGCCCGUCAGUACGUCCAGCUUGGAGAAGGAGACACAAGUCAGGCAAUUCAGCUCUUCUACGAGAAUGGAGGUGCAGAUCUAUCUACAGGCUCAAGUGCGACGCCACCUGUGCCGACUGCCUCACGGCCCUCUAAUGCUAACAAUCCGAUCACUAUUGAUGAUGACGACGACCUGCCGACCGGCGCCAAUGUGGAGGAUGAUGAAGCAAUGGCAAGAAGAUUACAAGAAGAGAUGUAUGGCGCUCAGGGCUCCGGUCAAGAGCAGGAUGUCCGUGCUCCCAUUGCACGACGCACAGAGACACUUGCUGGUCCAGGUUCAGACAUGAUGGCCGAGGAGUAUGAAGAUGCCAUGACAGCAAGACUGCAGGCUAUGCAUCAGCGGGCGGCUAGAGGUCAGAGGGGCAUCUUCAACCAACGCGAGACGUCCGAUAUCUGGAAUCAGAAUAGUGGUACCAACGAUCUUGCGGCCGCUACUGGUGGUCGUUCUGAACAAUCGGCCCACUCGAAUAUGCUUGCUAGACUCUUCCAGCCGCCUUGGGAUCUAAUGUAUGGUGGCAGUUGGGAAGAAGCCAGAGACGAGGGCAAAGAGCAGAAGAAGUGGAUACUAAUAAACAUUCAAGAUGGUUCGAUCUUUGACUGUCAAGCACUGAACCGGGACUUGUGGAAGAACGACCAGGUCACCGAGACCAUCAAAGAGAACUUCAUCUUCAUUCAAUACAGCAAGGACGACCCAAGAGCCGACCAGUACAACUCGUUCUACUUUCAAGAUCACCAAAAUCCCGACCAAUAUCCUCAUGUGGCGAUUGUCGAUCCACGCACCGGCGAGCAGAUCAAGCUCUGGUCAAGAAAGAUCCCCACACCUGCAGAGUUUCUCAUGCAACUCCACGAAUUUCUCGACCGAUAUAGUCUAGACAACAAUGCUCGCAACCCGGUGGCGAAGCGCAAGUCAGAGACACCGAAGCAGAAGUCGUUCGACGAGAUGACUGAGGAUGAGCAGCUCGAGCACGCUCUACAGGCAAGUAUGGCGGCCGGUGCGGCUGAGCAACCGCCCACAAGAGAAGACCCUGAUGAUCUCACGCGCAGCGUGGGUGAUCUGCGCAAGCCGGAAGAUCCCAUGGAUGUCGAGGAAAAUGGCAGUGCAGAGAAGGCAGCCACGCCAUUCAGUCUAAUCCCUUCAGAUCGGCCUCACACCGAGCCUGCAGCUGGCCCGGGAGUUACAAGAGUUCAAAUCCGGCAUUCUGGUGGCCGCAUUGUUCGACGGUUCGCUGAGAACGACCCGGUGCAAACCAUCUACGAGUACCUCAAAGCCGAACCCGUCGAGGGCAAGGCUGGACUGGAGUUUGAGCUGAUUUCAAUGAACAAGAAUCUGAUGGAGCAGCGAGGAGAAACAAUUGAGUCUGCUGGGUUGAAGAAUGGUACUGUCAUGGUUGAAUAUCUUGAUGGUGCGGAUGAUUAG